AUGAAGCUUCAGAUAUCGGUAGUCAAGGCGGCAGCCAUGCUGCUGUCGUUCUCUUCCGCGGCUUCAGCCUGGCCGGGGUGGCUGCCGGAAGCCGGCGCUUUAGUCGCGAGACAAGACAGCUCUCCCACUCCGACAGCAACGCAGACGCCCUCACGGCCAGCUAGUGGCAGCGAGACUCAGAAUACCGCCUCGAUCACGCAGACUGGCAAGUCAACUGCCACCGGCAAGCCAUCUGGAAAUAGUACACGCACCGAGUUUGAUCCCCAAGAUCCCGCGGGAUCAGUGGUCAUGAUCACACCUGCUCCCACUGCCGGGACGCAAUUGGUCAAGGUUGGCGACUGGGUUACAUGGGGAUGGAACUAUACCAACCUCCAAGCUCCUCCGACUGCCAUCGACGUGCUCAUCAGCUGCAGCCAGGCCACGCGCACAUGGACCCUGACUCAAAACAUGACAUAUGCCACCAAGGCCGACUUCCUCUGGGACUCGAGUGAUGAUAAGGGCACACCGUACGUGGUGGCCGAGUACACCCUCAUUAUUUACGACUCGGACUCUUCGAUAAAGGCUUCGGCCGACCCAGGUUAUCUGGCUCCUUUCUCGGGCUACAAGUUCGGCAUGUACACCAAGGCUGCCUACACUCCCUUGGCCUCUGGGUGGAGGUGCGUCUCGUGCAGCGGCGCCAUGUCUGGUGUCGACAAGGGUGCUUGGGGUGUUGCCCUGAUGACCAGCGCCAUAACGGUCAUGACCUUUACGUGGUUCGUCACCGGAGUCGGCUUCGCUCUAUGA